AUGAUCUCUCUAGUUCAUCUCGAUCUAUCUUCAAACCGCUUUGAUGCUUCAACGUUGAAAUCACUUUGUAAUGUAAGCAGUCUUACUUAUUUGGAUCUGAGGGAUAAUAAUGUGCAAGGGUCAAUACCAAGUGAAAUAGGCCAACUUAUAAAUCUUACUUAUUUGGAUAUGAGGUUUAAUAAUUUGCAAGGGUCAAUACCAAGUGAAAUAAGCCAACUUAUAAAUCUUACUUAUUUGGAUCUGAGGGAUAAUAAUGUGCAAGGGUCAAUACCAAGUGAAAUAGGCCAGCUUUCAAAAUUAACAAACCUAUCAUUGUCUGGUAACAGCUUAAAUGGUACCAUACCGACCAAUCUUUGGCAACUGACGAAGCUACAAGAUUUUGACAUUGGUUACAAUUCAUUAACUGGUGUCCUAUCUGAAGACCAUUUUUCGAAACUCCGAGAGCUAAAGUCACUGGACCUAUCUGGAAGCUCACUUGCUCUGAACGUGAGCUCCUCGUGGGUUCCCCCUUUUCAACUCCGACGAAUUCGGAUGGGAUCCAUCAUUGUGGGACCCAGGUUUCCAGCUUGGCUUCGGACUCAGAAGGAGGUUGAGGUGUUACACAUGCGGAACGCGAGCAUUUCAGAUGCCAUACCCAGCUGGUUUCGAGUGCUUUGUCAUAAUAUUACGUCAGUAGAUCUCUCCAGCAACAGCCUAACUGGAAAUCCUUUGGAGUUCAAAUUUAAUGGAUCUCUCCAGCAACACAAUUUUCUUACUGGACAUAUUCCGCAGCUUGAAGUUGGUCAAACGGUUGUACCUGCGCUGUCGUCUCUCUUACUAAAUGAUAACCGUUUUACAGGUACUAUCCCUGAAGACUUGUGCAAGUCGGAAUAUUUGUCAGAAUUGGAUCUAUCCAACAAUCUUCUGUCCGGAAGAGUUCCUCUGUGUCUAGGAAACUUGCGAUACCUGGAUACCCUAAACUUGGCAAAUAACAGUCUAUCCGGUCAAAUUCCGAGUUCACUGGGUAACUUGUGGCGACUUGAUGCUCUGCAUUUGAAUGGAAACAAAUUCGUUGGGAAGCUCCCUACCUCAAUGCAGCAUCUGAGAAAUUUGCAAACUCUUGAUCUCGGUGACAAUGGAUUGAAGGAUAUUAUACCAGCUUGGAUUGGGGAAAGGUUAUCAAAUUUAAGGUUUCUAAGAUUUCAGUCAAAUAACUUCCACGGACCUAUUUCCGAUACACUCUGCCAACUCUCAUAUCUUCAAGUUCUGAACUUAGCACAUAAUAACUUGAGUGGAUUUAUUCCUCACUGCUUUAACAACAUUAGUGCCAUGGUAUCCUCACUGCUACAUGGAGAUGGUGGCGUUGAUUCACAAGAAAGCCUUGAAGACAUUAAGGGAGGAAGAGAAGUUGAGUAUGACGUAUGGAGCCUUUUGCUUGUUAGAUCCGUAAGCCUCUCAGCAAAUAAUUUAGUUGGCGAGAUCCCUGAUGAGAUAAUGGAGCUGGUUCAAUUGCAAUUUUUUAAUCUUUCACAAAAUCACUUGACUGGAAGGAUCCCCAAGAAGAUUGGCAACUUGAAGCAACUUGAGGCGCUUGAUCUAUCAAUGAAUGCCUUCGGUGCAAUCCCUGAAACCUUAUCUGAUUUGUACUCGUUGAGCUUCCUGAAUUUGUCACACAAUACACUUUCAGGGCCAAUACCAUCAGGAAAUCAGCUUCAAACCUUGACCGAUCCAUCCAUCUAUGAAGGAAACAGUGGACUCUGUGGCAAACCGCUCCCAAACAACUGCUGGGAACACAAAUUGCCUGCCAAAAAUGGGCCUAUUGAUGAUGAUGAAGGCCACAGCGAAUCUGAUUGGUCUUGGUUUUAUGCUGGAAUAGGACCGGGUUUUGCUGCCGGGCUGUCAGGAGUUUUGGGAAUCCUUCUCUUCAAGAAGUCAUGGCGCUAUGCAUAUUUCAAGUUUAUAGAAAGUGCCUGUGACAAAAUCUGGGUAAAGACUACUCGCCUGAGGAGGAAUUUCCGUUGAGCCCACAAUCAUUCGAGUGCUCGCAGCUGCUGUUGUUUGGCUCUCAGAAUGAUUUGAGAAGUAGACCUCCUUUUAUAGACCUCCUUUUAUAUGCUAUGAAUUGUAUGUCAAUAAAAGUUAUAAUA